AAACAAGUUCAUUUUCGCCGGGCUUUGUCUUGCGGAGACCCGUGGGGAUGUCUAGCGCUCUUUCCUUUCAGUGGCAUUUAUGUGAUGUCUUCAAGAGUGCGAUGUGCUGUAUCUCCUGUAGCCACACCCUCUCACUACUGCUGUGCGUCCUCACCCUGACUCCGACGGCAACAGGGGCUGGCCCAGAGACCCUGUGCGGGGCGGAGCUGGUCGACACGCUGCAGUUUGUGUGUGGAGAGAGAGGCUUUUAUUUCAGUAAACCAACAGGCUACGGCCCAAAUGCACGGCGGUCACGCGGCAUCGUGGACGAGUGCUGCUUCCAAAGCUGUGAGCUGCGGCGCCUGGAGAUGUACUGUGCACCUGCCAAGACUAGCAAGGCUGCUCGCUCUGUGCGUGCACAGCGCCACACAGACAUGCCAAGAGCACCCAAGGUUAGUACUGCAGGGCACAAAGUGGACAAGGGCACAGAGCGUAGGACAGCACAGCAGCCAGACAAGACAAAAAACAAGAAGAGACCUUUACCUGGACAUAGUCAUUCAUCCUUCAAGGAAGUGCAUCAGAAAAAUUCAAGUCGAGGCAACACGGGGGGCAGAAAUUACCGAAUGUAGGGAAGGAGGAGGAGGAGCGAAUGGACAAAUGCCCAGCGACUUGGGAAGAGAGAAGGGAGUGGCCUUAACUGGUAUCCCUGUGGAAUGGUUCACUGUAAAACUAAACUAAACAAGGAGGCUAACAAUGAUCCGAAAAAAGCUCUUCAAAAAAUAAAAAAAAAUAAAAAAGAUUGAGAGCAAAGUGGUGUUUAUAAGGGUUUGAUGAGGGAUCUUGUGAUUAUUUUAUACACUGCACCAUUCCAUAUCGGGAGGAAUUCUUUGUUAAUGCAAUGUAACAGACUAGUUUAGCUGCUGAGACAUGAACAAGAGCUUAUUAUACCUCCAUGUGUGAGCUGCAGCAUCCCCCCCUGGCUCCAGGAAAAGGUUGGAACGGGAUCUGGGGCCGUCAAAAGAGCGGCAGUCCAUCCUGUUGUACCCCCUGAACUUUGCGGAGGUCAACCCUUUUACUCUGAGCGAGUGGAUUCACUCACUCCUUUGGUAAGAUACUUCGUCACCGGUCACAUAUAACAGUUACUACCCAAGUUUAAACCUGAUUAUCUUACCAUCAGAGUUUGUUUUCGUGCACCGUAAGGAUAUUUUUACUAAGAAUUUGCUUUCAAGCAGAAAAACCAGGUGGUUCAUUACAAGAUUUUUAAACAUUGUUGUAGUUAUUUUAGUUAAAUCCCUACUUCUUAUUGACUGAAGGCAGCCUUCUCCUGUCUAAGUGGAGUCCCUUGAAGGUUUGAGUCUGAUCCAAAUCCCUCCUAAGCCUCAGGAAGUGUUGAGAACCUGAGGUCUGAGUCUACAAUCCAAACACUUCUAUAACAACAGAUCAAGCACCAUUAGAGGGGAUUUUAAGGAACAGUAGGUACUACAAAAACAAGAUUGUACUUUUGCCUCAAAACAACCAGAAGCUAAAUUGAAUUAGAGUUGUGCUCGCUCGCUCUGCUUUGGUUGUCAGAAACGGGUCAUUCAUUGGAUUCAAAGUGCAUUUGGCAUAAGUCGGCGGAGUAAGUCAAACAGCGACAAUCAGGCAAAAUGUCUGUCGUGUGUGUCUUCUUUCACAUGUCACCGCCGUGGCCAAAUCUAAAUUUUGACGACAAUCCAGAUCAACAUUUGAGUCCGAUUGGAGGCCCGCGUUCAAGGUUAAAGAGACCUAACUAGGGUGAUGGUUUUUUUCCUAGUUUUCUUGAAAAGUAGUUCCCAAAAUCUGUCAACACCAAAGUGGAAAGUUUAAUGAUUAAUCGAUGUUGGCUUGUUAUAUUUUGUUGGCUCAAGGGAAGCCGAGAACUUUGCUACUUUAGUUGUCGCUUUGGACUGCAUUAACCUGCCAUCAAAACUUCACAGCAUCCAUCGCAAAGUCCACCACAAACACACACAGAUUACACAGAUUUUGGUAAAUAUUGCAAACCAAAAAAAAAAAA